CCCAUAAUGCAUCUGGAUUCAAAAUGGCGGACAGGCAAAAACGUGUCAAGUAUAACGAGAUAAACGACCAUUAGUUCCCUAGCAAUCCCAUCUAAGACGUUAUACUGGUAAUACGUCCAUUGGAAAAGGACAAAUAACCCUGCAGUUAAGCCCCAUGUUUUAAAACUCGCAAGGAGACCUCCAUAUUUGAUGCAAAUAACCAAAAUGAUGCCAAGAAUUUUGACAUCCAUAUGGAACUCAUCGUCAGCCCUAGCAGCCAUCAUCUUCCAUGUGGGAGCAGGUGUUGGUAUCUACUCACGGUGGCAGCAUCACAGCGCAGACAAUAGCUACCUUGUCCUUGCCAUUGUCAUCGCAUGUGCUGUACUGGUCUCACUAGCAACCUUCUUGUAUGGCUACAAAGAGUUUGCAAAUGGGUUCUGCAAGUUCUGGAUGGGUGUCAUUUUCAGUGUGUUGUCCUUCACCGAAAUCGCAUAUGAUCACUACUUUGCAUCGAUGCAAGACUUAGAUCUAACAGACAUUCUCUUACUUGCAAGUGUGGGGAUAUUUUCCUUCAAGGUUUUGAUGGAGAGGAUUUGCAACAUGACACCUUCAGAGCCCAAUUUCAUAACAGCUGAAGAGUUUCUAUUGCUGCUAGGCUUUCUGGCUGGUUGUACCGGAUUGGCACAUUUUCAAUCGAUGCUGUUCCUGCUUCUUGGCCUCGCUUUACACAUUAUUGUGUUUCAUCUGAAGUCUAGUUUUUCUCUUAUAAGUGGAGCAUGCUUUUGCAUAAUUUCUGGUGUAUUUUAUUUCCCUGCUGCUGAACAGAAAUGCAACCCAUUCUGCAUAUCGGCUUUUGUCAUUAGACUUUCUUUUCCAUCAGUUGUUGACCUUUACUUUUCAAGGCUCUCUUUACUAGAGUCUUGGAAAAAUUUCAUUUUACAAAGCAAGUGCUAUCAUCGUUUACAAGUAUUAGUGAUUUUGAUGGCAGAAAUGGCAUUUUAUACAUUUUGUGUCCAAGGAACACUUUUGCCAAACAUCCCUCUGUAUAAAUUGCCAUUAUUUGUCUUCCUAUCAGUACCUUGGGUGGUAUUCCAUUUUAUGUUUAUCAUUACGACCUGGGGUUUUGUAUCAAAGCUUGAAGAAUGUGCAUCUGUUCUAAGAGCAAAAGGUGAAGUCAGUGACAACAACAUCUCUGAGGUCAUGGCGGCCAAGGGAAUACGGCAUUUCUGUCUUGUGUCUCAGAUUGUGACGUUGUACACACUAGUGUCUACAGUUGCUCUGUCUGUCUCUGUAUGGCAAGAGACUAACCCCAUGUACUUGAGUUUUCUCCUGAUCAUUCUGCCCAUUGAGUCCGCCAUGUAUGACAUUUUGUCCAAACUUGGCAAAUGUGUUGGUGGUACUGCCAUAGGGUAUGCUCUGAUUGCUCCAGCUCACCGAUACAGCCCCUCUGGAAACAUGGUUAUUCUUCCUGAAGAUGGCUUCCAAGCAAUCAACUCAAGAGCUAUAGAACUAGUAAAUGUUGUGUCAAGAUUCUUUGCAAACCAUAUGAUUCACAACUAUGGCACAGACUUUUCAACUAAUGGUAUUGCUAAAGAUUAUGUGUCCAACAAAGUACAGACUUUCUUUAGUCAGAGGGUUCUACCAGGCCUGCAUUACGACACCUAUAUCUUGUAUUACAGUGGGCAUGUCUUGAAUGAUGGCAAAUGGGCGUUAACCGAAGGGAACUCUCAAGACCUUGACACUAUCAUCAAAUGGUGGAGGGAAAGAAAUGCAGGUACUGGUGCACGUUUAAUUUUGUUCCUUGACACAGCUCACUCUGAUGAGUGGCUUAAAGGACUAUGGCUAGUGACACCUGACUUUGUUGCCAUACAGACUGGGAAGCUCAAUGUUGUUUAUGAUGAGGAGAUUGGCAACAACUAUCCUCUUGGUGAACUAACAAAGCUCUGGGAAGACUUUAAUUCUGAGGAGUCCAAACCUGAGGAUUAUUGGGGGAAGAAAGACAUCAGGGUUAAACCUAUCUAUGGGGUUUCUAAAAACUGGUGUUGCUUCAAGUUCCAUGAGCCUACUGUAGAGGACAUAACACAGCAUGUAGAGCACAAUUUUCCAAGGUUUAUGAAACCUGUCACAAAAGUUUUCACCCAUUUGCCGUGCAACACCAACGUUCUUAGUGUUUGUAAUUGUGUGAUAAAUGGAUUUCGCCGGCUCAAGAUGAAAUGGUUCUUGCCAGCUGUUUAUGAUACUGGUCAUGGCUUUAAACUUGUUCGCUGAACUUUUUUUUUCUCUGUUAGGUGUUAUUGGUUAUCUACAGAAAUAACUGAAAAUGAUUUUUUGUAUUUGGUGAGUUUACCAAUAUGUAUUCUCAUGAAAAAGAUUAUUAUUUAAUUUAUAAAGUUAAAUCUGUAAACAGAAAAAAAGUUAACAGCGCCACAAAUCUGUAUGUUAUAAAGAUUUUUGGCUUUUUUAGAUUUGUUUAGAAAUUUCAUUGAUGAAAUGAAGAUUGGUUAUGAUAAACCUUGAUUAUUUAUGCAUUAUUAUCCAGACUUCUUUUCUGUUCCCUUUUCCUGUAUUCCUUAUUUCCGUAUAGUUCUCAAUUAUCCAGACAUUUGAUUUUCAUGAUAUUUUAUUAGUAUUACGUUAUCCAACUUAUCCAGGUGUUGGCUUGCUUUUAGUCAAGAGGGGAGAAAGGUAAUUAGAGCUCAUUUCUAUAAAGUGCAGUAUGUAUUAAACAGGAUUUAUGGCGAUAGUCAUAGUCCUUUACAGUAA